UGAGGAAGACUUGAAAAAACCCGGAGCUUCACUAAGUCGGCUGUUUUUUAAAUUUGUUUUGCAGUCUCUGAAAAGCUGCGAAGAUAGAUUCGGAUCGUAAGAGGAAGAAAGCUUCGAUCUCAUCCGCAGAUCGAACGGCGGCGGCGGAUAAACAGAAAGACAAAAACCCCACUACCUACACCAACCACCACCACGACAGCCACCACGACAGCCACCACCAUCACCACCACCACAAGAAGAAGAGCAAGAUGUCAUCGUCAACGGCGGCAAAUCAAGUGAGGGCAUCUCACAUACUGAUCAAGCACCAAGGUUCGCGCCGUAAGGCUUCUUGGAAGGAUCCAGAAGGUCGCGUCAUCUCCAACACCACCCGAGACACCGCUGUUUCACAGCUCAAAGCCUUCCGUGACGACAUCGUUUUGGGCAAGGCUAAGUUUGACGAGGUUGCCUCUCGUUACUCUGAUUGCAGCUCCGCUAAACGCGGCGGCGAUCUCGGUCCUUUUGGUCGAGGCCAGAUGCAAAAGCCAUUCGAGGAUGCAACAUUUAAUCUUAAGGUUGGUGAGAUAAGUGACAUUGUGGAUACAGAUAGCGGGGUUCAUAUCAUCAUGAGAACCGGAUGAUUCUUGGUGAUGAUGCCUGGAUAUUUGACCAAUUAGCUCAGUGUGUCGGGAAAAUGUAUCCAAUUAACUCUGAAAUUACUUUUAAUAAUGCCUAUGGCCAAUUUUAUUGGGUCCUAUUAUACUGACCUAAUUGCUUGGGACUAUUUGGUUGUUAGAGGCAUUUAAUUUUGGAACCAUUUUGGUUAUCAUGUGAGAUUGUCUGCCUCUUUAUAAUAAAAGCUUUUUUGGUUAAAACUCUCUUUCCCCCAUCCUU